CACUGUCACCCUGGGGGGGGGGACACACGGAGCCCAGAGAUCGCGGGGACGGGAUUUUGGAAGCUGACGGAUCCACAGGCUCAGCCAUGUCCCGCGUGUCCAGACCUGCCUCCAGCUGGCCCCGAGGUCCCCAGGGACACCUGGAGCGGUCCCAGAACCUCCGGCACCCGCCGGGUGUCACGGCGGGGCUGAGCAUGGGGACAAGGGACAUGGCGGAGUCUGUCAUCGACCCUGACAUGGUGGCCUUGUUCGACGAGUUCCUGGGGAAAGAGUUCUCGGAGGAGGUGACAGCGGCCUCGGCGGGCAGGCAGCCCCGGGCGCAGCCCUACCACUACAUGAUGAGGGACACGGAGCAGAAGGGGCUCUGCCUGCACAACGGGCGCCUGGUGGCCACCAGCCUGCAGGGUGCCAACGCCGCCCAGGAAGAACCCAUCAGCGUGGUGCCCAACCAGCACCUGGAGCGCCAGCGCUGUCCCCUCAUCGUGGGUAUCCGUGGUGGCACCAUGGCCCUCUCCUGUGGCACGGGCCCCGAGCCCCAGCUGAAGCUGGAGGAGGUGGAGCUGCUGGACCUGUUCUUGCGGGGGGCAGAGGCCACCCCCUACACCUUCUACAAGACCUUUGGUGGCUCCACGCACACUUUCGAGGCAGCCGCCUUCCCCGGGCUCUUCCUCAGCACCGCGCUGGGGCCGGGGGAGGAGCUGGCCCUGGCGCCCCCCCCCGCUGUCACCGCCUUCUACCUGCGCCGCAAGUGACCCCAGCACCCGUG